AUGUGUGAGUACUCGGGGGAUGUCAAAGAUCCUCAACGGCACACUGACAUUCAACUGACUGAUGUUGAGAUUACUGAAUGUGUCAAGAAGAUGCUGGAUGAACCGGGUGAUAAUCCAUUCUGGAAUAGGAAACCGCAGGAUAAACCGGCGAAAACACCCCGCUUCAAGACCAAGGUCACCAAGAAACCGGCCAAGAAGAAAACCACCGAAUCUUCCGGUUUAAACAUUGAUGAUGAUAAUCCAGAGUCAGAGGACGACGCGGAAGCUAGCCACGCAAGUGACGCAGAGGGAACACCUCAUUCAUCUGCUGGCGAGUCCACAGGGACACAACUUCCACCCCUCAAAACUGUUCCUGGAGCUAAGGCCAGACCCAGCAAAAAGGCCAAGUUGAAUAAACCGGCUGACGACAACACGACCACUGUACCGGAGAAGACCCCAGAACCGUUUGAACCCAAUGCUGACGCUAUUCUGAAUGAUCCGCCGCCUCAAGAUGAUGACACUUUUGUUGAACAAAUGAAAACACCAAGUCUAGUCAAAGCUGCUGAUGACAAGACAGAUGAUGUUGUAGUUACUGGCUUUGGCUACACAACCUCUGGCAACCCCAUUGCCCUGUCAAAACACAGUGCUAAAGAAGAAAUCUCUGCUGUUGACAAGGGCAAGUGGAAAGCAGACUUGGAAAGCUAUGCCCAUCUCAGCGCCCAGAUAUCCAUUCUGGCUGAGCUGAGCAAAAAAGAAUCCCAAAUCACCGAUCUUCAAGUGAAUAUUAAAUCUCAACAAGGAGAAACUUCCAAAGCCAAGGAGGAGCUGACCAGCGCUUUAACAGCCAUGGAGAAGCUGAAGGAGAGCUUCAAAAGCGAACAGGCAGGCUAG